AUGGCAUAAAUGAGAGUGAGUGGAUUGGAGUAGGAAAUUGAGGUUGCAACGUAUGUAUGGUUUGGUGAUGUGACAGUAGCCAGAGUAUUUUGUAGAUAUCCAGCUUGUUUUUUUAUUUUUGUGGACUGUUGAUGCUGGACUGUGUGUAGUCUAAUUUUUUUUAUUCUAAGUUGGAGUUUAGAUGAUCCUACUACACUCAGCGGGGAGUUACAACGAUAAAUAGAUCCCCUCCCCCUCUAAAAAAUAAUAAGCAAUAACUAAAAAAAACUAAACUUUUUAUAAAAGCUUUUGAGAGAAAAGCAGCGAUUAGGGGUGAUGUGUGGUUUACCUAGUUAUAAUCUUAGAGAGUCAGAGAUACACCCUCCCUUCCCCUCCCCCUCUAAAAAAAAUCAAAAAGUCUCCGCGAGCAAAAUCUUAACCGACGGCCUCGUGCCGCCUAGGAAAAAACUACGUCGUUCUUAUCCAGCGCAACAUGCACAAGAAUCCCGCCGGCUACAUCAGUCUCCCUUGAAGUUUCUCUUGGAACACUACUACGCCAAUGUCGACGCGCCGAGCUCAAGCCUUGAAGAAUUUACUGCGGCUUUUUUACACUGGUCAGCUGCUAGUGUAGCAAUUAUGCGUUUUAUUAGGAAAGAUGCGAUAUUUUUUUAA